UGACAGUUCUCUCCAAGCAGGAACAAGCCUCAGUUGUUUUCCUCCGAAGGAAUGGUAGCGUUAGCAGGUUAGCUCUACGGGCAUCAGCUGUAGGAUUAACUAACUUGUUGUCGUUCCUUAGCUUUCGGUUUUCCUGUUAGAUAAUGAAUUUAGUGCCGUCAAAUCCUCACGGGAAUGGGCUCCUUUAUGCUGGAUUCAACCAGGAUCAUGGAUGUUUUGCCUGCGGGAUGGAGAACGGGUUCCGUGUGUACAACACCGAUCCUCUUAAAGAGAAGGAGAAACAAGAGUUCCUGGAGGGGGGGGUCGGCCAUGUGGAGAUGCUGUUCAGGUGUAACUAUCUAGCACUAGUGGGAGGAGGAAAGAAGCCAAAGUACCCAACCAACAAAGUGAUGAUCUGGGAUGACCUGAAGAAGAAGACAGUAAUCGAGAUUGAGUUUUCAACAGAAGUGAAAGCAGUGAAGCUCCGGCGUGACAGGAUCGUGGUGGUCCUGGACUCAAUGAUCAAAGUCUUCACCUUUACCCACAACCCCCAUCAGCUGCAUGUGUUCGAGACCUGCUAUAAUCCCAAAGGUCUGUGUGUGCUGUGUCCUAACAGCAACAACUCCUUGCUGGCCUUCCCUGGCACUCACUCGGGCCACGUGCAGAUAGUGGACCUGGCCAACACAGAGAAGCCCCCGGUGGAUAUCCCCGCCCACGAGGGGGCAUUGUGCUGCAUCGCUCUAAAUCUGCAGGGCACAAGGAUAGCUACUGCAUCAGAAAAAGGGACUCUUAUCAGGAUCUUCGACACAUCUGCAGGGCAGCUCAUUCAGGAGCUGAGGCGUGGCUCUCAGGCAGCUAACAUCUACUGCAUUAAUUUCAACCAGGAUGCGUCUCUGAUCUGUGUGUCCAGUGACCACGGCACUGUGCACAUCUUUGCUGCAGAGGACCCCAAAAGGAACAAGCAGUCGAGUUUGGCAUCAGCCAGCUUUCUUCCCAAAUACUUCAGCUCCAAGUGGAGCUUCUCCAAGUUCCAGGUGCCCUCAGGCUCCCCCUGUGUGUGUGCCUUUGGAACAGAGCCCAACGCUGUGCUGGCCAUUUGUGCUGACGGCAGCUACUACAAGUUCCUGUUCAACCAGAAAGGGGAGUGUUCCAGAGACGUGUACGCCCAGUUCCUGGAGAUGACCGAUGAGAAAAUAUGACUUCUGACCUCUCUGGAGACUUGCUGUAUCAUUGGCGGAUUUUCUUUUUUCUGUACUUCUUUUGUUUUGGAGGAAAGGUCCCACGCUGCACUUAUCUUUACAGACUCUGUUAAAGAGCAUCCGAUAAAGAGAAGAAAAAAGACUGGGGAAGCUGAUCACAUGGAUGAAGACUUUUGUUUUUCUCACUCCUGAAGAUUGUCUCUGGACAGAGGGACACAGAGGAUUGUCUCUGGACAGAGGGACACGGAUGCAGACUUGACUCCCAAACCAAACACUAGAGAAGAGUGAAAGGUAUUUUUUGAAUAAAAAAAACAUGCAGCUUUAUAAGAUGUCUUCCGAGGAAUUUACAAAGGAUGGUUGUUCUUAUCAUAUGAUGACUCUAAUAGUUCAAUGGAUUGAAAAUAUUGAGGUUUUGUCAACUUACCACCUAACCUAACUAUAGGGAGUGCCUCAGACUGGAAAGAAGCUGUAUGUGUGCACAUAUUGUCCUUGUCAUAUAUACUUGUGUGUGUUUGUGUAUAUACUAAUGUACCACAUCAGGUGUUCACAUCUGAAUCAGAAUACAUUGGAACACACUGAUUCUGUAAGUGUCACCUUAGUAUUAAUAGAUUUUCUUAAAUUCACUGUAGAAACACAAAGCACCAGACUGAACUUCUAACUCUAGAACUGUACAGAAUAGAAGCAGAAAAAACAUGUCUUUGUAUCCGUCGUCCUUUUUUUCAUACAGUGUUCCCCUAAUGCUUUUUGUUCAGAGCUUGUGACGGAAGGUUCAGAAAUAGCUUGACAUUUAUUACUUAAUGCAAUAAAGUGCUUUCUGACUGAGACGUGAAGAUAUUGGUAUAGAUCUUAACUCACUCCGUGUGAGAAAGCAAAUGUGCAUUUGGCAAUAAAUGUCAAACUAUAAACAAUAAUUUCCUAAACCGUUCAACUAUUUCUUUUAGUGUUUGCUGUUCCUAGCUGAGGAGAAACACCCAACAAUCCUAAAGAAUGAUUAUACUAACCUGAUCAGCUGUCAAAUGUAGACUCUGGUUAAAGACAGCACAUCUUGUGUAACAUUAAUAUGUUAUAAUGAAAUCAGAAGUCUGUGUUGGCUAGUCAAAGCUGGAUCUUGACUCAAAUCCCUCUGGUGGCAGUGUGUCCUCUAAACUGCUCCAGCAUGCGAAGCCACACCCACAUUCAGCUGCUGCUUUUUAGGGACGCUGCAGUGCUUUCACCAAGUGUCGCCAUAAACCGGAGGCACUUUGGCUCCGCUACAAUGACACUGUAAAUGAAUGAUGGAAUAUUACCUUUUUUGAUUUGACAUGUUGAUGACAGCAUCUUUGUUGAUUCAGUGUGAGGACACUUUUGAGUUGCUUCCUGCAUCAGAUUGUACAUGGAACUGUGGCUCUGCUAACACAGCAGGGGGCCGCACAAACUGAAAUGCCAACUUGUGUCUGACACUCAGAAUGAUUGUAAACCUGCGUUUGAAUUGGUGAAUAAAUGUAACAUCUGCUUUUACAGUUAAACAUG